GUUUCUCACGAGGAGCUGCAGAAGCAGAGCCACAGCACGCGCAACAAAACCUCUGAACUUCGAAAAAGCUAACAUUUGAAGAAAAGGAAAGGACCACAAUGGAGGCAGCAUAUUCCCCGCUGGACCCAGAUUUAAUCAGGGAGGUUCUUGAAUGCCCGAUAUGCCUGGAGACCUACAGCCAGGAUCAAUUGAGACCCAAACUCCUGCAGUGUGGUCACACAGUUUGCCGGCAGUGUCUCGAAAAAUUGUUGUCCAACACUAUAAAUGGCGUGCGCUGUCCCUUCUGUAGCAAGGUGUCCCGUAUGAGCAAUAUUGCGCAGCUGGCCGACAAUCUCACCGCGCUCAAGAUACUAGAUUGCACCGUGUCCUGCAGUGCUGCUGCCGCCGCCCUGAUGUGCAAGUCAUGCUGCAACCGCCUACCACGACAGUACUGUCAUGAUUGCGCCACAGUGCUUUGUGAGCCUUGUAAAGGGGAGGGCCACCUGCAACAAGGCCAUUCAGUCCAGCCGAUUAGAGUGGCCGCUGAGCGGCGUCGAAAAGAGCUGGGCGGCAAGCUGGCCUCUCUGCGUGAUGUCAUGGACGAAAUUCAGAAGAAAAAGUCAGUUAUUGAAAACAUUUCAGAGUCCUUGAGACUUAAGCACCGAGCAGUGCAGCAGGACUAUACUUCAGCUGAGCUACGUCUUCAAGAGGAACUCGGCAGGUCUCGAAGGACAUUCACAGCGUCCAUGGCAAAAGUUGAAAAACUCAACGGGCAGGUCCUGGAAGAGCAGACGUAUCUCCUUGACAUUGCAGAGGUAAAAGUUGUGUCGCGUUGUGAUUAUCUGACGAUGAUGGUGAGGCAGAGCGAUAUUGCUUUGCUCAAGGAUGAUGGCGAAGGCAGUGAUGAUGAAGAGCUGGAUUUGAGGAGUAGCUUUCCCACAAUGUUCCAGCUGCAGGAGCCAGGGCUGGUCAGAGCAGAGCACUUGAAACCUGUAGAAGUGGGCCAAGUGACCACAAAUACCUAUACUGUCGAUACAGAGGAUGAAGAGAGUGGGCUGGACAUCGCACUCGUGGGGGACGUAGAGAGUGUAGCUGGGGCAAUGGGGGCUAAUCUUUACCGAGACAUUGACAUGGUUGCCGCUGCAGAGGAGGCGGUAUGUAGUUCACCAUACAGCUUUAAGUCAAAGUCCAUGGAUGCGGGUGGGGGGUCGCCCGCAGGAGCUGGGGCGAGUGCAGGGCCUCCAGUCUGCCAGUUUGUGAAGAAGAUGGGCUGCAAGGGAACGCUGCCUGGCACGUUCAAUUUACCAGUCGGUGUCUGUGUAACGUCACAAGGCGAGGUGCUGGUGGCUGACCGCGGCAACUACCGCAUCCAGAUCUUUAAUCGCAAAGGUUUCCAGCGUGAAAUCCGCCGCAACGGCAGCAGCAUUGACAACUUUGUCCUGAGCUUCCUCGGGGCUGAUCUGCCGAACCUCAUCCCCCUAUCCAUCGCGGUCACUCCUCAAGGGCUGAUUGGGGUCACCGACAACUACGACAACUCAGUCAAAGUGUACACUAUGGAUGGACAGUGUGUGGCUUGCCACAAAAACCAGCUUAUUAAACCCUGGGGCAUUACUGCUCUGCCUUCAGGUCAGCUUGUGGUGUCGGAUGUGGAAGGGGGCAAGCUGUGGUGUCUCACAGUGGACCGCAAUGUAGGCGUGGUCAGCUGGAAGCGCCUGUGCUCUGCUGUGAGGCCAAAGUUUGUGACGUGUGACGCCGCGGGAACAGUCUAUUUCACCCAGGGCCUCGCCCUGAACUAUGAAAAGGGCCACAACGAGCCCCACCUGGAAGGUGGCUUCUCUAUUAGCUCGGUUGAUAAAGAUGGCCAGCUAGGCAAGCAGCUCAGCCAUUUCUUCUCCGAGAAGGAGGACUUCCGCUGCAUCACCGGCAUGUGUGUGGAUGCCAAUGGGGACUUGCUGGUGACGGACAGUGGCAGGAAAGAAAUCCUGCAGUUUCCCAAAGAGGGCGGAUUCAAAGUUCUCAUUCAGGAAGGCCUGACGUGCCCCGUAGGAGUGGCCACCACCCAGAAAGGACAACUGCUCGUGCUGGACUGUGGGGACCAUUGUGUCAAAGUCUACACAUACAUUCAGAGGAGGCACUCCUCCACUUCCUAGAGCAACACUCCAGUCUAUCUGGACAUGCUUACGCAGCAGAGGCUUAGUGGUGAUGUGCUGGUAUGAGCGUUUGGAAAAGGUAGCAUCACACUUAUUCGUCACUUUAGUUUGGCUGCAGUCCAAACAAGUCUCACCCAGCUUUCAUUGGGUUACUAAAUCAAUCUUCCACUGGAUUUUAAUUUAAGACGCCAAAUUAAUAACACGCCUAUUAAGCUGCUUCCUACCUGGUUAUUUAAAUUAUUCACAACACUUUUUUUGACAUCAAGAAACACUGUCACAUUAAAAUAAACAGAACAAGUCAUUGAUGUCGAAGCUAACGCAGGAACAAAGUACAGCAUAUUUUCCUUCCUCUGUUAUAGCGCUAUAUCCACCUUUCAGCCUGACUGUGUGACGCAUGGCACUCACUGAUCUGGCUCCGCUUUGCAAAAGAAAACAGUAAGAAGAGCGAAAAAAAUAACAUUUAUUUACAUAUGGAAUCGAGCAUACCAAGGCGUUUGGCCUGUGACGCACUUUACUGUUGGCACAGCACGGUUUCCAAGUGCUUAGGAGCACAUUAAUGUUGCUGAAAGCACCUUUAACGUUUACUGUGCAGUUAACUGAUGGGACAAGAAUCAUUAAGUUUCAGCAUUCAAUGAGUUGCAUUCAGUAACAUUUAAGGAAAACGAAUUGUAGAAUGUAAAGUUUCCUACAGGAUAUAGUGUUGACCAAUACAAUCACAACACGAUAGACCGGAGGAGCGCUAGGUACGACGGGGCCGUGGUGAUCUGUCGUUUGCUGGGUUUUACUGGGGCUCUGUGUUUUAAAGCCUCUUUGUGUUGACGGAUUCAGGAUUGGGGACACUGAUGUUUAAUUUGUGGUGUCGUUUUUAGUCUCUGUACUUAUUUAUACUGCCUAUUAGCCUGUGCUGGGUUUUAUUGAGCAGCACAUGGAGCUUACAUGACUUUCAGAGCAAAUAAUACGACAAUCUACUGCCAGUUUUACAAACCCUCUUCCCGAUGCACAGCCUCACGUAAUGUCACGUGGAGGCAGGUUAAAGUAAGAUAACAUGAGUCAUCGGUUUGGCUCCUCCUCCAGCUGGGCUGCUCAGUCAGACCUCUCACUCGAAGCCUCUACAUCUCCUUCUGCUGGCCUUCUAUUUUUGUUUGUGUUGUGUCCAGAAUUAUUAGAAUAGCAAAGGUUCCAGAUGGCUUUUGCAACACUCGAAGGUGCUUACACUUGUUUGUAUUCUGGGCUCACCGUCAGCUACAUCAUACAAUCAUCUAUACAUUACCUGGAGUUGCAAUGCCAGUACAGCCAACACUAAAUAGCUCCAGCCUUCGAACACAUGAAGCGUGAAUGGGUGCAGCAGGCAUCUACAACGUGAAUUAUGUUUACAUGCAUUGUUGGAACCUGACAUUCAUGCCAUUUUUUUCCCCCCUCAACCCUGGCCUGUGGUUACACAACCUUUUUUUUUCAGGAGUGUUCAGAGGCUUAGAUAAUGACGAGUGAAACAUCCAGCUUCCCACCCACAGGCUUUAUUACACUGGGAUGUGUUGUCUUCCUGUUGCUGCACGAGACAACCUUUCCUCCAGCGUUGGUAGAGAUGGGAACGACAGCAGCCAUGUGCAAUGUUUUCCAAGACAGAGGGAGUCAACGUGACUGAUUUAUUUCCACAUGCAUUUGAUUCAGAUUUGUCUGAGACUAUAUGAAAAAUUAGAAAGAUGAUUCUUCCAGCUAAAAUGAAACCAGAUGGAACCUUUAAUACACAAUAUUUAGUGGACUAAAUAUGGGGAACCAAGUUAAUCAUUUGAUACCCACCCAUGUAUGCAACAUAUUCUAUGUCCAUUUAGCCGUGAAUAGUAAAUAUGCCUUUCCUCCAAUACCUUUUCUUCCAGUCACAUACUGACUCAGUUUUAGCCUUCAAAAUUAAUUGUUUCACAAAGCUGACCUUAACUUUGCUCCUGAAAUCCUAUUAAAUACAAAUAUACAUAUCUGAGAAUAGAUACGUGUUUUAAUAUGUACACAUAUGCAUAGGGAUGGAGGUGGAAAAGAUAAAGCCAAAUUUAUUGUUAUUUCUUUGUGUAUUUUUGUUUGAGAUGUGUUUGAUUUAUUGUUAGGCCAUGUUCUCAACACUAAACUAAUAGACUGUAAUUCCAGCUGCAUGUCAACCUGGUCAUAAAUCACCUUUUCAGUGCUUUCACUCUAUUUGUUGUCACUAAAAGUAGUUAUGACGAGACAAUAUUCAAAUUUGUGAAAUAAUGCAUAACACGCUCGAAAAAUCAAGUGUCCUUGUGUCAGUAGGCUGAACUUUAGGUUAUCACAUCAUCUGAAUAUGUGUUCAUUUAUGCCAUUAGAGAUAGUGUUUCCUUGCAUACUUACCACUGGAUCGUAAUACCAAUAUUUCCAUGAACCAAAAUCCUGUGUUUAAGGUGGUUUGAAUUUUACAAUGUGUUGAAGACAGUACAGACAUCGCCGUGUUGUAUUGUUGAUUAUCUGAGUGCAAUAAACAUUUACGAAACAACCACAA